AAACCAGAGAGGAGUUCAAUGUCAGUGAGCCCAUCUGCACCCCCUUCCUUUCCUGGGAGCUAAAAGCACAGACGAAGCGCCAGUAGCCCCAACCUGGGCAGCCUCCUGGGAAAGAUGCAGCCACUCCUGCUCCUUCUGCUGGCCUUUCGCCUGCCUUCCGGGGCCCAGGCAGGAGAGAUCAUCGGGGGACAUGAGGCCAAGCCCCACUCCCGGCCUUACAUGGCAUAUCUUAGUAUCAGGAAUCAGAAUAAUGGCAAGAAGUGUGGUGGGUUCCUGGUACACAAGAAGUUCGUGCUGACGGCCGCUCACUGCUAUGGGAGCUCCAUCCAGGUCACCCUGGGGGCCCACAACAUCAUGAAACCAGAGACAACCCAGCAGGUCAUCCCCGUGAAAACAUCCAUCCCUCACCCAGACUAUGAUCCCAAUAACUACUCCAACGACAUCAUGUUACUGAUGCUGGAGAGAGAGGCCAAGCAGACUGCAGCUGUGAAGCCCCUCCGCCUGCCCAGGGACAAGAACCGGGUAAGGCCAAGACAGGUGUGCACUGUGGCCGGCUGGGGGAAGAUGGCCAAGAUAAGCAGGUACCCAGACACUCUGCAGGAGGUGAGGCUGGAAGUGCAGGACGAUGGCAAGUGCAAAUCCCGCUAUCCCAAGCAUUACAACCGCACCAUUGAGCUGUGCGUGGGGAACCCAGAGGAAAAGAAGUCUUCCUUUCAGGGGGACUCUGGAGGCCCUCUCGUGUGUAACAAUGUGGCCCAGGGCAUUGUGUCCUAUGGACAAAAUGAUGGGACACCUCCCCGGGUCUACACCAAAAUCUCACCUUUCCUGCCUUGGAUAAAGAAAACCAUGAAAAGCCUCUACUUACAGAAGCCAGACUAUUUGCUCUAGAGCUGAUCCAGAAUCACACUGGAAAGGGUGGCAGGGAAGGCAACAGUAAUCGAAUAAAUGUGUCUUACCUGAAUGUCAGCCAUCAAAUAAAUGUCUCUUAACUGAA